ACUAGAUCUGCCUCUGUGUUCUUAUGGAAGUGCUGCAUCGAAGGACAGCGGAGACUUUGACCUAAUUCGUUCUAGUCUGGUCAAAGGCUUCACCGUCACCUCACGGUUACUUUGGUGUUUGCCCACGCGACACUUUGAAUAUAUCUAAUGUAGCAGCCAACAUUAAUGAAGCAUCAGCAGCUGCAUCCUCUGUUUUUAAAGAAAAUGAAAAUGAUAGAAUGGAUCGUUUUAGGUGACCAUGCGGAAAUAUGAGACAAGGCAUUGGUCUAUAUAAACAAUGAUUUCUGCUCAACUUCGGGGUUUGAUGCCGAACGAGAUUCAAUGAGGACUUGUCUUCUGCAGAAAACAUCUGUUUAAUUCAACCGGGAUAGAACAUUUGAAUGUUGUUUUGUUUGUGAUAUUCAAAAACUGUUGGGCAGCAGGUCACAUGGCUCUGCAGGAUCUGUGCAAUUUGCAGCACAUUCUCCUGGAGAGUGAAGCAGCAGAACAAUCACCUGGUAGGUUUGGGGAAAAGGCUGCUUCCAGCUAUGAAAGUGGUCUUCACAGCUCCAGUCUCUUGGAUUUUUAUAUACCAGUGGCUGAGUGUCUGGAUGAGAGUCCAAUCGAGUUUGGGCAAAUCCGUCCGGAUCAGAGCUCCUGCAGCAUCUCUUCUGAGAGUUCUCCGCUCCCCAGCCUUCCCUUUGUUUCCUCUCAGCCUGUACCUCUCCCGUUCCCCAUGGCUCACGGCACCACCACCUUGGCGUUCGUGUUUCAGGGCGGCGUCCUGGCUGCUGCAGACACUCGCUCCAGCUGCUCCGGCCUCGUGGCGUGCCCUGCCUCCCAGAAGAUCCUGCCCAUUCACAGCCACUUGGUGGGCACCACCUCUGGGACUUCAGCCGACUGUGCGCUUUGGAAACGAAUUCUGUCUCGGGAGCUCAGGCUCUACCAGCUCCGCAAUGGCCGCCGUUUGAGCACAAGUGGAGCGGCCAAGUUGCUUUCACACAUGCUUCACCCUUUCAAGGGAACUGAGCUGUGUGUGGCGGCCACGCUGUGUGGGUGGGAUGACCACAGUGGCAGCAGAAGAGCAGCUCAGGGGCAAAAGACUGAUCUGGAAGCCGUGUCCAGUGACAAGGUCUCUCUGUCAAAGAGCUCCUUUCUUACGCAGCAGCCCUGCGCCAGGAAGGAGGCAAGUCUCUCUGGACCAAGCCUGUUUUAUGUAUGCAGCGAUGGCUCUCGGCUGCAGGGAACGCUCUUCUCUGUGGGAUCAGGAUCCCCAUAUGCAUACUCAAUUUUGGACCAAGGGGUUCAAUGGGGGCUGACUGUGGCCGAGGCCACAUCGAUUGCUAGGGAGGCUGUGUACAGGGCCACAUACAGGGACGCAUACUCAGGAAAUUGUGUGGACAUCUAUCACGUCACCUCACAGGGAUGGACUCGCAGGACCAGGGAGGACUUGAAAGAGGAGUAUUACAGAGAAAAGGAAAGUCGGAGGCAAACUCACGAAGCAGAAAAAAAAAUGUUGUGAAACAUGAGAAGUAAACGUCAAGUAUUACAGAUAGAUUCUUUGAAAUUAAUACAAACUUUUUUUUUAAAAAGCCAGGCAGUUUCAUCCUCCAGGCUAUUUUGUUUUUUAUUUUGGGCAAAACAAAUUGUUCCAUUUAAUCAGCAGCUGAUGUUUUGUUUGCACUCCUGAUAAAAUGCAAUCUAACCACACUUCUGGCUGGCAUUUUGCAAUAGACAUUAUGAAUAAUUUUAUCAUUUCAAAUUUGACAUAAUUACAACCUACUCCCACAUUUGGUUUAAUGGCCAAAGCAGAGAGAGGCAGACAAUGAGCAGUCUAAAAAUUCAAACAGCUGGAGGCCGAAUGUUGAAAUUCUCCCCCUUUUUUUUGUUGGAAGAAAUAUAGUCAGGAGCCAAAGACGGAUUAAUGUCUGCUGUCAGAAUGCUUUAGAAGUGUCUUUUAUGGUUUCCAUAAAUUAUAAAAUUAACUAUAUUUUGCUCAAACUUGUCUGCCCAUUUGCGUAGGAGUAGCUUAGGUUGUAGAUCAUUCCUUAUUGGUCAAGACGCAGCAACAGGCUAAUAGAGAUUCAUCUUCCGCUUUUGAAAAGAUGACAAAGUAAAUAAAUAAAAUUGUUUCCAAACAAUACAAUUUACCAUGUGGCAGAAGUUUCAUAGCAUGUGUCAAAGUGUCGCAUGACGUUGUGCUUCUGCAUGGAGAUUUGAUGAGCAAGUCAGAAGUGCUGCAACAUUUUGUGUGGCAAGAGCUCUUAAUGGCCAACAUGUCCAUACAUGUGCAGCCAGCGUGGCCAUGUGUUAUUACCAGCAUAAAAUAAACGACAUGCACGGAUGCAUAACUGCAGCAUAAGAGGAGAUGUGUACUAUGUCUAGUGUGUGAAGAAGGAAAAGCCUCGCCCAACUCCCCAACCUCAUCUAUAAUUCCUCUCUUUGGAAGAUCAUUAAUGGUAGCGAACAAAAAGCCAUAACAAGUAAAAUCCAAUUACUGAUUUCAAAUCCUGCAAGGGACUUUGUAUUUUUAUUUUUUUGAGGACACACUUGUGAAUCAAAGUUUGACGCCAUAAAAGAAAGAGCUGUGAGUCCAAAUUUAAACAGACAGCAGUUCUGCCUUUGCUCUGCCUCUUCAAAGUGUUUUGUUCUGCUCUACCCGUCUUCGCUCCUCGCACACAAACUCCAUCUAAAAGCAGAACAAACGGCCCUUGCUCUGACCAAAAUGUGUCUACCGGCGUGGACCCAAUCAUCGACAUUGCAUCGGCAAACAUUAUUCUGUUUCCAUUCAUCUAAACGAACUUUGAAAACUUGAAAAGGCAGAAUUUUAAGCUCAGAACGUGCUCUGCAGUUUUAAUAAAAAAUACCCUAGUACAUCUUCCCUAGCAGGCUUUCUGCUGCUUGACGUUAUGUGCUUGCUCAGUAUCUGGCAUUAAUAAAGCUCCCACAGGCUGCUUUAUACCAGGGAACUGACAAGUGACCUUAGGGUCAUCCCACUAUCAUUCCAACUUCCUUAAAGGCUCUGCUUUUUGUUAGUCAUCACACACAAGUCAAGGCUGUGCUGUGUAGUCACUUUUUACUGUGCCAGGAGCUCAGAAAGCGUGGUUUGAUGAUUCUGCUUUUAAUCAAAGGACUACAUGAAAAAUAUCUAGCAUGAAAUAACCCAGAAUUUAACGCAUCAAAAUCACUUACAUGAUCUCAACAGAAAAGGCUGUGUCUGCUUUGGAAGGAAAAUCAUUUCAGCUGAAAAAAGAUCCAGCAUGUGGUCGAACACGUUUUUAAUCACGUCUAUCUUCACUCAUAAUUGCAGCAUAAAAUACCCUUUUUAACGGGUUCAUGGCAACAUUGUCCAAUUCUAAGCUAAGGUCACAAUCUCCCCCUCUGUUCCUGAGCCUAUCUAAAAUCCACCAUGACACAAAUAGUCACAUGUAUUCAUUUUUUAGUUCAAUUAGUACAAAAGCAAUAGUGAACAGGAGUAAAAGACUUUUCUGUGUACAACCCAGAUCACCUUUUUAUAUGUAUUGAUUUUCUAUUAUAUAUUUGGAUAGAAAAAAAAACACAGAUGUAUGGGAGAUGCCAUGUUGAGUUCAAAUCCUGGACAUAUCCACAGUGGACUGAUCAUUUCUAAUGUAACUCAUAGGAUUUUUAACACUUGACUGGAUCUAACGUCACCCAACUUGACAAUAUUUCAGGAGAAAGAGGCAAAGUAACCAAGCCCCCCCACCCCAAUUGUAUUCCUGAAUUUGAAAAAAAACACGGAAAGUUACUGAAGGUUUGUUUCCCCCAAAUGCCUUCUGCGGUCAUGGGGUCACUGCAGCCAACCGGUUAGGUGUUAGGUUUAGUUAGGUGAAGGCUUGGUACACCCUAGUACCAAGGUUGCUAGUCUGUGACCGGGUCGUAAAAUCCCACUCAUAUUCCCAUCUAGAGACAAUUUAAUAGUAAUCUAUCAACCAUUGAAGCAUGUUUUUGGACUUUGGGAGAAAGUUGGAGUGCUGCAGAGAAAAUCCAUGCAUGCACUAAGAAAGCAUGCAAACUCCACACGAAGCACCCAGCUGGGAUUUAAACAAGAGCCAUCUAGCUGUGAUGCAAGAGUGCAAACCACUACACCAUUGUGCGGCCCAGGUUGGUUUCCAAAAACAGCAAAUCCCAUUUAAUCCCAAAACGUCAAACUUUACACCUAAAGUGAGCACAUGCUGACAGCCAUUAUGUCAGGUGACAGCUGAAGAAGGUCCCCACGUUCUUUAAAUGAAGGAUAAAAUGUACUGAAUUGUGGUUAAUGCUUGUGAUGUUUUAAACAUGAAUCUGUUUGAAAAAUAAAAACACAUUGUACAGAUGUGA